UCAAAGUUCCAAACUAGCGCGCCACUGCCAUUGCCUGAUUAAAAAAACGGGGUCCUUGCCGCCGUGGUUCAAGUGCACAGUUUUACGACGCCUGCCCACUUGAAGAGCCUGACAAAAAUACAUACAAAUGUAUCUACUUUGAUAAAAAAAGCCUUAGUCAUGUUUGGAGUAAGUGCAAUGCAACCGUGCUGUGUCAUGUUUCGGCCUGGGCCCUCCUCCUAUAGCUGUGUUAUUCCAAACAUUGCAUAACUUCCCUCCCCCCUGAGUUGUUGCUGAAUCACGUGGGAGGGAAGAGGAGGCCGGUAUAAAAGCACAGCACAAUGGCACAAACCCUGCAAGACAUCCAGAGAGUAUCUGAGCAGCUUUAAAGUACCGGAAUAACCAACUGCACCACAAUGGACGCACAGAAGACACGCACAGCAGAAAUGGAUCUAUCAGAGCAAAUCAAAAAGGUGACCCUGGACAGCCACAUGAGGGCAGAGAACACAGAGUUAAUGCUGAGCUUCCAGAAGGGCCAAGUCACCAUGCCACAGUACAAGAUGCUCCUCAGUUCCCUCCAUGCGAUCUAUCAGACUUUGGAAGAAGAGCUGGACAGGAACUCCAAGCACCCAGCUGUGGAGCCUAUUUACUUCCCCGUUGAGCUGGCCAGGCUGGAGUCCAUCGAGAAAGACCUGGAGUACUUCUACGGUCCAGGCUGGAAGGAGAUGAUGGUGGUGCCUGCGGCCACGAGACGUUACUGCGACAGACUCCGGCAGAUUGGGAAAGAAAACCCAGAAUUCCUGGUGGCUCACGCCUACACCCGUUACCUAGGCGACCUCUCUGGAGGACAGGUCCUCGGUCGCAUCGCCCAAAAGUCCAUGGGCCUAAAGAGCAGCGAGGGUCUGUCUUUCUUCACUUUUCCCAGCAUCUCCAGUCCUAACUUGUUCAAGCAGCUCUACCGUAGCCGCAUGAAUGUUGUGGAGCUGAGUGAAGAGGAGAGGAACGGCGUGUUGGAGGAAGCCGUGAGGUCCUUUGAACACAACAUUCAGGUUUUUGAGGGUGUGCAGAAGAUGCUGAGUGUGGGUGAAGAGCAGCACAUAAGUUCCUUGUCAGGAUACGGGAAGAACACUUGGGUGAGAUCCAUGGAUGCUCCUCUCUUCAGGAUGGUUGUUGGAAUGUUUGUGGCCAUCGUCACUCUGGGAAUCUGGAUGCUUUAGGGCACAGAGACUAUAAUAAUACGCUUGGCUCGUCCAUCCCCUCCAUUUUUGAGGCAUGAAGAAUGAAAUGAGUGUAAUACUCUAUACAUGCCAGAUGUCACUUUAACUUAUGAACCAACAGCCUGCUUCAUGCAACAUCAUCCAUUCAAUGCCUUUUGUCUGUGUAGAAUAAAUAUGUGUGCUUUAAGUUAGAUGGGGUGAUCCAAUCCACUACCUGUAUCUGUAUCGGGUUCUGUUAGCAGUGUAAUGUAUUGGAAAUUGACGGUAUCACCGAUACACCGAAUUUCAACCCCUGAGCCAAUGUAGCUAUAAUACUAUCAGCAAACAUAGCCAAAGGAGUGUCUGCAAACGUAGCUGUCUCCACGUGCAAGUGCUCGGCCUGACGUGUUCACGGCCACACAGAGAGAGUCAGACAAAACUUCCUGGUCAUUACAUUUUCAUACGUUCCUGUAGAGAUGAGCCUUAUAUGUUAUAUGCAAUGUUAAGAGUUCUGUGAAGCUACAUUUGCUGAUAUUGUUUUUAACGCAAAUAGAGCUCUGGUAUUGGUAUGAGGUAUAUCAGAAGUCAAAAUGAAUGCACUAUGCAAGAGACACUAAAACAGCAGUGGCCCGUCCGCCAUUGUGGUUUCAACUCAGCACUUAGUCCAUUGUAAGCAUUUACAAAGAAAAUAUCCAGCAUGUGGGGCGGCACGGCGGGCGAGUGGUUAGCGCGCAGACCUCACAGCAAGGAGACCAGGGUUCAAUUCCACCCUCGGCCAUCUCUGUGUGGAGUUUGCAUGUUCUCCCCGUGCAUGCGUGGGUUUUCUCCGGGUACUCUGGUUUCCUCCCACAUUCCAAAAACAUGCUAGGUUAAUUGGCGCCUCCAAAUUGUCCAUAGGUAUGAAUGUGAGUGUGAAUGGUUGUUUGUCUAUAUGUGCCCUGUGAUUGGCUGGCCACCAGUCCAGGGUGUACCCUGCCUCUCGCCCCAAGACAGCUGGGAUAGGCUCCAGCACCCCCCGCGACCCUCGUGAGGAAAAGCGGUAGAAAAUGAAAUGAAUGAAUGAAUGAAUAUCCAGCAUGUGGUACUUGUUUCAUGUUUUCAAAACACAAUUCUAAUGUAAAAAAUGGCCAAAUAAAAAUAGUUUGGAUCCAUUUUCAGUCAUAAAAGGCCACAUGUAAACAGCCCCUGACACCAUUUAGCAUUCCCAUUAAGUGGAAACAAUUUAAAAUGAAAGAUAACUCAUUUUGUAAUGUAAGCAUGUGUGCCCUAAUUGUACUGUAGUCAAUUUGUGAUGAUGUCAUACUUUACUGUAUUCUAAAUGUGUAAAUCUAAAUAAGUGGUAUUUUUCACUGUACUUUUUGUUCACAUGUUGAUGACUUUGUAAUAAAAGAAUGUUGAAAAGGUUGAAAACAGUUUGCAAGUUUGGGUUU